GCCCGCCUGUCAGUGGAACGGGGCGCGGCUGAGGCGGCCACGUGACCCUCGCAGGUAGAGUCACUUCCUUCACGGUGAUGACGGACAUGGCAGGAAUUUGUGGUAGGAAACGAAGGAGCCGUCGGAGAGAAAACAGACUUUCUGAAGCGUUUCUUGAGCAAUUUCUUGAAGCUAACGCCGUUUUUAACGUAGCCCCGGGUGCCAGGGUUGUUUUAACGCACAGAAAAGGGUUCGGCGCGCUUUAUUUAGUUUGUUUUGUUUCGUGAAAACAAUACCUACCUGUUUCUCUCCCCCGCUCAAGACGCAGAAACCGAGUCGCUGUGUGUUUUCUUUUUGACUUGGAAAGUUUUUGGUGUCGUCAUGGAUUACAACAUUUAAAACAGAAAGAAAGACAGGGAAAAAAAAAACGAGGUUGUUGAUUAUGUUUAUAAGAUAUGCAAACCAUGUUCUAGGUGUUAAUCGGAUUCUCUUUUUUUGCAGAGUAUAUUAUUAUAUAUUGUAUACUAUAUACGAGCAAGAACGAAUAGAAACAUUAAGCGAUUAUUGCUGUAAAGCAAAAUGCAUGUCGCCGUUUUUUAAAAUAUAAUUCUUGGUUGAACCGCCUACGUUUUUAUUUUGUUUUUAAUAAAAUAUGCAUUUUCUGGUAUUGCUAGCAAUACCAAUAACACUGCAAUGGAGCGCAUUCUCUGCACACGUCUAACGCGAAAAAAUCAAGUCGGCCGAUUUAUGUAUUUGAUGUAACUUUUGUGUUACGUAAUUGGCAUCGAUACUGUUGCUUGCUCGUUGAACAUUUUAAGUCGAUUAAGAACAUUUGCUAUUCAGUUUAGAGAUUCAUUUUUUAUUGUACUUGUUUAGAGUUGGUUUUGCUUUUGGUUUCCCCCACUGUUUUCUGUUAAUUUUGGGGGUCAGAUUGAUUUGAACCCCGGUCCCAGCAGCCAUGGCGUGGGCUUUGAAGCUGCCCCUGUCGGACGAAGUGAUCGAGUCGGGUCUGGUGCAAGACUUCGAUGCAAGUCUGUCCGGUAUCGGUCAGGAGCUCGGAGCUGGGGCUUACAGCAUGAGUGAUGUGCUUGCGCUGCCCAUCUUCAAGCAGGAGGAGUCGAACCUCCCCCCAGACAGCGAGAACAAGAUCCUGCCUUUCCAGUACGUGCUGUGUGCCGCCACCUCGCCCGCCAUCAAGCUGCACGAUGAGACCCUCACCUACCUGAACCAAGGGCAGUCCUACGAGAUCCGCAUGCUGGACAACAGGAAGAUGGGGGAGCUGCCUGAGCUCACGGGGAAGCUGGUGAAGCACAUACAUGGCAUAACCAACUCAAAUAUACAGACAAAGAAUUUUUCUUAAUACUAACAGUAUCCCUCCUCCUUCUAUAUUAAUACAGUAAACAGAAUCCCUCCCUUCCCCUCUAUAUCAAACAGUACCCCCUUCCCCCCUCUAUAUUAAACAGAAUCCCCCCUCCCAUAAUUAUACAAUACCCCCUCCCUCCCUCCCUCCCUCUUUCUAUAUUAAACAGAAUCCCUCUCUCCCUCCCUCUCUCUUUUCCCUCUCUAGUGUGACGUGUUCACGGUCUGUCCCUCAGGCUAUGACAGGUCUCCACGUAUUGACCAGCCAGUCUGGCUGUGUGUUUGUCUUCCCCCAGCAGGAUUGACAGCUUCUGGGUAUCACACAUUUUUGGGAAUUCUGGGACUAAAUCACAGAAUUUGGGGAAGAAAAUGUCCCUUAUGUUUUUAUAUUUUUCACAGUGUGUCAGGAAGUGAAUCUCUGUCUCAACCUCUCCUGUCUCACAGUGACCACAGUGCCUGUUCUCCCUGGCCAGCCAGGUUUGCCUCUGUCGGCCUUUUUCAAUGGCCAGGUUGUGGUCACUGAGCCGGUAUUUGGUCAGGAUCUGCCUCUGCUUUGUGUUUCUGACAGUUACCAGGUAUUCUGCCAGGGUGUAAUUUCUAUUUAGGGUCCGAUAGCACUCUAGUUUGUUUUGUGUUUUAGUAUUUGUAUCCCAAUGGUCCAGAUAGGAGUGUUUCAGGUGUUUUAUAAUUUGGUUUACACUAAUUGGAAUUGUUUUUGCAGUGCUGUCCUGAAGCUGACUGAUGUCAGUGUUGCUCAGCUGAGUGAGCUUCAGGACCAGCUGGCUGAGGGGACUCUUUUCUGGGCUGAGCUCUUGGUAUUGCAGGGCUUUAUGAUGGAGUGAGUUUGGAUCACUAGUUUUUAGAUGAAUCCAGUAUUUUAAUGCUCUUUUUUGGAUGUUAAUAAUCAAUGGAUAAAGGCCUAAUUCAGCCCUGCAUGCAUUGUUUGGUGUUUUUCUUUGUAAUCUCAUGAUGUUUUUACAGAACUCUGCAUGCAGGGUUUCUGUGGGGUGUUUGUCCCAUUUUGUGUAGUCCUGGUUGGUGAUUGGACCCCACACUUCACUGCCAUAGAGAGCAAUUGGCUGAAUUACACUUUCAAAAAUUUUGAGCCAAAUUUUGACGGGGGGAUUUAUAUUGUAGAGCCUCCUCUUUAUGGCAUAAAAAGCCCUGCGUGCUUUCUCCUUUAGUGCAUUCACUGUCAGGUUAAAGCUCCCUGAUGCACUGAUGGUCAGACCCAGGUAUGUGUAGCUGCUGGUGUGCUCUAGGGUGGUGUUACCUAGAG